AUGGAUGGUUGCUUAGAAGAGUUCAUGAAAGCACUUGAACCGUUCAUGAAAGAAACUUCAUCUUCUUCCUCUUCUUCUUCUUCACCAAAAGCUAUACCCUUCACUCCUACUAUCAUUACCAAUAACCAAGUCUUACCGGUAUCUAACCAAACUGGUCCGAUUGGGCUAAACCAGCUCACUCCAGCUCAAAUCCUCCAAAUUCAAACAGAACUACAUCUCCGGCAAAACCAAACUCGCCGUCGCGGUGGCCAUCUUCUCACCGCUAAACCAACCCCAAUGAAGAAAACCGACAUAACCAAACCGGUUAAACUAUACCGAGGCGUAAGACAACGACAUUGGGGCAAAUGGGUUGCUGAGAUCCGUUUGCCUAAAAACCGAACCCGGUUAUGGCUCGGUACGUUUGAAACCGCGGAAGAUGCUGCAUUAGCUUACGAUCAAGCUGCUCAUAAGAUCAGAGGAGAAAACGCUCGUCUAAAUUUCCCGCAUAUUGCUUGUCACGGGGAAUAUAAGCAAUCUUUGUCUCCGUCUAUCAAGGCGAAGAUCGAAUCCAUCUGCAGUAGUAGCUCACAUCUUCCACAGCCUGAGAUCAAGAAAACGGCUAAAACAGAGGAGGGAUUAUUUGGUUUUCGUUAUACCGGUAGUAAACCGGAGCAAGAACCAGAAAUUAUGGAGAAUUUUGGGUCCGGCUUUUCGGGUUCUUCUCCUGAGUCGGGUGUAACGUUGUUGGACUGGACGGAAGAAGAUGAGAGUCUGUUUAUGGGUUUGCAGAAGUAUCCUUCUUUGGAGAUUGAUUGGGACGCUAUAGACAAACUCUCUGCAUCCAUUUAA